AUUAUGGGGUGACCAUGGACAAGAAGCUUUAGAAUCCGCUCAUGUUUGUGUGAUAAAUGCAACUGCCACAGGAACUGAAAUACUCAAGAACUUAGUGCUGCCAGGUAUUGGCUCAUUUACAAUUGUUGAUGGGAACCGGGUCUCUGGAGAAGAUGUUGGCAACAAGUAGUUUCUUCCUCCAAAAAAGCCAUAUUGGUCAGAAUCGUGCCCAGAGUGCCACUGAGCUCUUGCAAGAAUUGAAUAAUGAUGUUUCUGGAAAUUUUGUGGAAGAGAGUCCAGAAAAACUUCUAGACAAUGAUCCCUCCUUUUUCAGUCGCUUUAACUUAGUGGUUGCAACCCAGCUACCGGAAAGUACCUUGCUGCGUUUAGCUGAACUUCUCUGGAACUCUAACAUUCCUCUGCUGGUCUGUAGGACUUACGGACUGGUUGGGUAUAUGAGAGUCAUUAUUAAAGAACAUCCAGUUAUUGAAUCUCACCCUGACAAUGCGUUAGAAGAUCUGAGACUGGACAAACCAUUUCCAGAAUUGAGGGAACAUAUUCAGUCUUAUGACUUGGAUCAUAUGGACAAAAAGGACCAUAGCCACACUCCAUGGAUUGUGAUUGUAGCCAAGUAUCUAACAAAAUGGUUCAAUGAGAAAAGUGAUCAGUUGCCUAAGAGUUAUAAAGAAAAAGAAGCCUUCAGACAACUGAUUAGACAAGGUAUCCUAAAGAAUGAAAAUGGGACCCCAGAAGAUGAAGAAAACUUUGAAGAAGCUAUAAAAAAUGUGAACUCAGCAUUAAGUACUACAAAGAUUCCAAGGUGUAUUGAAGAGAUUUUUAACGAUGAGUGUUGCGUCAAUCUCACAAACCAGUCAUCCUCCUUUUGGAUUUUGGCUCGAGCUGUAAAGGAAUUUGUGGCAAAUGAGGGGCAAGGAAGCUUACCUGUUCGGGGCACUAUUCCUGAUAUGAUAGCAGAUUCUAGUAAAUUUAUCAAAUUGCAAAAUGUAUACCGUGAAAAAGCAAAGAAAGAUAUUGCUGCUGUGGGUAACCAUGCUGCUAAAUUGUUACAGUCCCUAGGCAAGGCACCUGAGCUCAUUUCAGAAAGAGAAUUAAAGUUGCUCUGCAGCAAUUCAGCCUUUCUUCGAGUAGUGCGAUGUAGAUCUCUGUCUGAAGAAUAUGGUUUAAACACUUUUAACAAGGAUGAAAUUAUUUCCAAUAUGGAUAACCCAGACAAUGAAAUAGUUCUGUACUUAAUGCUACGAGCUGUAGAUAGAUUUUAUAAGCAGCAUGGUAGAUACCCAGGUGUCUACAACUAUCAGGUAGAAGACGAUAUUGGGAAACUGAGAUCUUGCCUCACUGGUUUCCUACAAGAACACGGGUUGUCUGUAGUCGUGAAGGAUGACUAUGUUCAUGAAUUUUGUCGCUAUGGAGCUGCUGAGCCACAUGCUAUUGCUGCGUUCAUGGGAGGAGCUGCUGCUCAGGAGGUUAUCAAAGUCAUUACAGGGCAAUUUGUAAUUUUUAACAACACCUAUAUUUACAGUGGAAUGUCACAGACUUCAAUGACUUUCCAGCUGUAGAAUAGCUGUAUCACACUUGUUGCCACCAGGCUGUGCUGCUGUGUCUUGUAAAUAUUGUUACUGUGGCAUUUUGCCGCUGACUGGACUGUUCUGUAUUAUCUGAAAAUCAAAGUUUCCUUUAUUUGUAACAAUUUUACCAUAUUUUAUGCUGCGGACAAAUAAAAUCAUACCAAAUGCUGAU